CACUCCCACACGGAUAGGUGUGUGCGUUGCCGCCCUGCUCCCGAGGUUGGCUCCACCCUUCAGCACUCUGCUUGGUGCAGCCCUGUCCCCCCAGUGGUGCAUGGUACAGCCCCCGACCCCCUCAACCUCUCCCUCCCUCACCGACUUGGAGUGGUACGCGUUCCCCCCUCCCCGCGGGCAGACACGGAACUGGCGCGAGCUGGAAACCGCGCCGGCGUGCGACCGACGCUCAGCUGCCAGGGGCAGUCUGGCUGGGCCUGGCCGGUUCCCCGAGGCUCGGGAGAUAAUAUCAGAAAUCCUCCUGGGAACAUUGACUCCUGUGUGGUGCCUUGAAGUUUCUCUGAGAUGAACUGAUGCAUUGGAGCCAUGGUGCAAAAGAAGAAAUUCUGUCCUCGGUUACUUGACUAUCUAGUGAUUGUAGGGGCCAGGCACCCGAGCAGUGAUAGUGUGGCCCAGACUCCUGAACUGCUCCGGCGAUACCCACUGGAGGACCAUGCAGAGUUUCCCUUGCCCCCAGACGUCGUGUUCUUCUGCCAGCCAGAGGGCUGUCUGAGUGUGCGGCAGCGGCGCAUGAGCCUGCGGGAUGACACUUCUUUCGUCUUCACCCUCACUGACAAGGACACUGGCGUCACUCGAUAUGGCAUCUGUGUUAACUUCUACCGCUCCUUCCAGAAGCGAAUGCCUAAGGAGAAGGGGGAAGGUGGGGCAGGGUCCCGCGGCAAGGAAGGCCCCCGUGCCACUUGCGCCACAGAAGAAGUUGGUACCGAGAGCUCGGAAAGUGGCUUGUCCCUGCAGCCUCCCAGUGCUGACUCCGCCCCUGAUGUGAGUCCAUCUCCUCGGGGCAAACCCCGGGCCAAGGCAGGAAGCCGCUCCCGCAACAGUACUCUGACAUCCUUGUGCGUACUCAGCCACUACCCCUUCUUCUCCACCUUCCGAGAAUGCCUGUACACCCUCAAGCGUCUGGUGGACUGCUGCAGUGAGCGGCUGCUGGGCAAGAAGCUCGGCAUCCCUCGAGGCAUACAAAGGGACACUAUGUGGCGCAUCUUUACUGGAUCAUUGCUAGUCGAGGAGAAGUCAAGUGCCCUUCUGCAUGACCUUCGAGAGAUUGAGGCCUGGAUCUAUCGGUUGCUGCGCUCCCCGGUGCCUGUUUCUGGGCAGAAGCGAGUAGACAUCGAAGUCCUCCCCCAGGAGCUCCAACAGGCACUGACCUUUGCUCUUCCAGACCCUUCUCGGUUCACCCUAGUGGAUUUCCCACUGCACCUUCCCUUGGAACUUCUGGGUGUAGAGGCCUGUCUUCAGGUGCUGACCUGCAUCCUGUUAGAGCACAAGGUGGUGCUACAGUCCCGAGACUACAAUGCCCUUUCUAUGUCCGUGAUGGCAUUUGUGGCGAUGAUCUACCCAUUGGAGUAUAUGUUUCCUGUAAUCCCACUGCUGCCCACCUGCAUGGCAUCAGCAGAACAGCUACUGCUGGCUCCAACUCCGUACAUCAUUGGGGUCCCUGCCAGCUUCUUCCUCUACAAACUGGACUUCAAAAUGCCCGAUGAUGUAUGGCUGGUGGAUCUGGACAGCAAUAGGGUGAACGCCCCCACCAAUGCCGAAGUGCUGCCCAUCCUGCCAGAACCGGAAUCACUGGAGCUGAAGAAGCAUCUGAAGCAGGCUCUUGCCAGCAUGAGUCUCAACACCCAGCCCAUCCUCAACCUGGAGAAAUUCCAUGAGGGCCAAGAGAUCCCCCUUCUCUUGGGAAGGCCUUCUAACGACCUGCAGUCCACACCUUCCACUGAGUUCAACCCACUCAUCUAUGGCAAUGACGUGGAUUCUGUGGAUGUCGCAACCAGAGUGGCCAUGGUCCGCUUCUUCAACUCCCCCAACGUGCUGCAGGGUUUUCAGAUGCACACACGUACCCUGCGCCUCUUCCCUCGGCCUGUGGUAGCUUUUCAAGCUGGCUCCUUUCUAGCCUCACGUCCUCGACAGACUCCUUUCGCUGAGAAGCUGGCCAGGACUCAGGCUGUGGAGUACUUUGGAGAAUGGGUCCUUAACCCCACCAACUACGCCUUCCAGCGAAUUCACAAUAACAUGUUUGAUCCAGCCCUGAUCGGUGACAAGCCAAAGUGGUAUGCUCAUCAGCUGCAGCCUAUACAUUAUCGAGUCUAUGAUAGCAAUUCCCAGCUGGCUGAGGCACUGAGCAUGCCACCAGAGCGUGACUCUGACUCGGACCCUACUGAUGACAGUGGCAGUGAUAGCAUGGAUUAUGAUGACUCAAGCUCUUCUUACUCCUCCCUUGGUGACUUUGUCAGUGAAAUGAUGAAAUGUGACAUCAACGGUGAUACCCCUAAUGUGGACCCGUUGACGCACGCAGCCCUGGGGGAUGCCAGUGAGGUGGAGAUUGCAGAGCUGCAGAACCGGAAGGAGUCAGAGGAACCCGGCCCAGACAGCGAGAACCCUCAGGAAAACCCCCCGCUGCGCUCCAGCUCCAGCACCACUGCCAGCAGCAGCCCAAGCACCAUCAUCCAUGGAGCUAAUUCUGAACCUGCUGACUCAACGGAGGUGGACGAUAAGGCAGCAGUAGGCGUUUCCAAGCCCCUCCCUUCCAUGUCUCCCAGCAUUGGCCAAUCGACCGUGGACAGGCGUCAGACAGAAAUUGGAGAGGGGUCAGUGCGCCGGCGAACCUAUGACAAUCCAUACUUCGAGCCCCAAUGUGGCUUUCCCCCUGAGGAAGAUGAUGAUGAGCAGGGGGAAAGUUACACUCCCCGAUUCAGCCAACAUGUCAAUGGCAAUCGGGCUCAAAAGCUGCUGCGGCCCAACAGCUUGAAACUGGCCAGCGACUCAGACGCAGAGUCAGAUUCUCGAGCGAGCUCUCCCACCUCCACCGUCUCCAACAACAGCACUGAGGGCUUCGGCGGCAUCAUGUCUUUUGCCAGCAGCCUAUAUCGGAACCACAGUACAAGCUUCAGUCUUUCAAACCUCACCCUGCCCACCAAAGGUGCCAGAGAGAAGACCACGCCCUUCCCCAGUCUGAAAGUAUUUGGGCUAAAUACUCUAAUGGAGAUUGUUACUGAAGCCGGCCCCGGGAGUGGUGAAGGAAACAGGAGGGCCUUAGUGGACCAGAAGUCAUCUGUUAUUAAACACAGCCCAACAGUGAAAAGAGAGCCUCCAUCACCUCAGGGUCGAUCCAGCAAUUCUAGUGAAAACCAGCAGUUCCUGAAGGAGGUGGUACACAGUGUGCUGGAUGGCCAGGGCGUUGGCUGGCUCAACAUGAAAAAGGUGCGCCGGCUGCUGGAGAGCGAGCAGCUGCGUGUCUUUGUCCUGAGCAAGCUGAACCGCACGGUGCAGUCGGAGGAUGACGCCCGGCAAGACGUCAUCCCUGAUGUGGAGGUCAGUCGAAAGGUGUACAAGGGAAUGCUAGACCUGCUCAAGUGCACGGUGCUCAGCCUGGAGCAGUCCUAUGCCCACGCGGGCCUGGGAGGCAUGGCCAGCACCUUUGGGCUUCUGGAGAUUGCCCAGACCCACUACUACAGUAAAGAACCAGACAAGCGGAAGCGAAGUCCAACAGAGAGCGUACAUACACCAGUCGGCAAGGAUCCCGGCCUGGCUGGGCGGGGGGACCCAAAGGCUAUGGCACAGCUGAGAGUUCCCCAGCUGGGACCUCGGGCGCCCAGUGCUGCAGGAAAGGGUCCUAAAGAACUAGACACCAGAAGUUUAAAGGAAGAGAAUUUUGUAGCGUCUAUUGAAUUGUGGAACAAGCACCAGGAAGUGAAAAAGCAAAAAGCUUUGGAAAAACAGAGGCCUGACGCGAUCAAACCCAUCUUUGACCUCGGUGAGACAGAGGAGAAGAAGUCCCAGAUCAGCGCAGACAGUGGCGUGAGCCUCACAUCUGGUUCCCAGAGGACUGAUCCAGACUCUGUCAUUGGUGUGAGUCCAGCUGUUAUGAUCCGAAGCUCAAGUCAGGACUCUGAAGUUAGCACCGUGGUGAGUAAUAGUUCUGGAGAGACCCUUGGCGCAGACAGUGACCUGAGCAGCAAUGCAGGUGACGGACCAGGUGGUGAGGGCAGCGCCCACUUGGCCAGCUCCCGGGGCACUUUGUCUGAUAGCGAAAUUGAGACCAACUCCGCUACUAGCACCAUCUUUGGGAAAGCCCACAGCUUGAAGCCCAGUGUAAAGGAGAAGCUGGUGGGCAGCCCAGUUCGCUCUUCUGAAGAUGUAAGCCAGCGAGUCUAUCUCUACGAGGGACUCCUAGGAAGGGACAAAGGAUCGAUGUGGGACCAGUUAGAGGAUGCGGCUAUGGAGACCUUUUCUAUAAGCAAAGAACGUUCUACUUUAUGGGACCAAAUGCAGUUCUGGGAAGAUGCGUUCUUAGACGCCGUGAUGCUGGAGAGAGAAGGGAUGGGUAUGGACCAGGGUCCCCAGGAAAUGAUCGAUAGGUACCUGUCCCUGGGAGAACAUGACCGGAAGCGUCUAGAGGAUGAUGAAGACCGUUUGCUGGCCACGCUUUUGCACAACCUCAUCUCCUACAUGCUGCUGAUGAAGGUAAACAAGAAUGACAUCCGGAAGAAGGUGAGGCGCCUGAUGGGAAAGUCCCAUAUUGGGCUUGUGUACAGCCAGCAAAUCAAUGAAGUGCUUGAUCAGCUGGCAAACCUGAAUGGACGUGACCUCUCUAUCCGGUCCAGUGGCAGCCGGCACAUGAAGAAGCAGACAUUCGUGGUACAUGCGGGGACAGACACGAACGGAGAUAUCUUCUUCAUGGAGGUGUGCGACGACUGCGUGGUGCUGCGCAGUAACCUCGGGGCGGUGCGGGAGCGCUGGUGGUACGAGAAGCUCAUCAACAUGACCUACUGUCCCAAGACCAAGGUGUUGUGCUUGUGGCGGAGAAACGGCUCCGAGACUCAGCUCAACAAGUUCUAUACUAAGAAGUGUCGCGAGCUGUACUACUGCGUGAAGGAUAGCAUGGAGCGAGCCGCUGCCCGACAGCAAAGCAUCAAACCUGGCCCUGAACUAGGUGGCGAGUUCCCUGUGCAGGACAUGAAGACUGGUGAGGGUGGCUUGCUGCAGGUCACCCUCGAAGGGAUCAAUCUCAAGUUCAUGCACAACCAGGUCUGGACUCACAUGGCAGUAACUCAAACCUCGGAGCUCCAGAGGAGGGACUAGAGGCAGAGAGAAGACCCACCUCUGCAGAGAGGUCAGGAGGAUUAGGAGUGCUAGGGAAGAAAAAGGAACCCGAGCUGAGCAAAGGGAAGGAGGAAGAAAGAAAAGAGAGACCGAAGCUGCUAGGGCACGGGUCCCAGAAGAGCCAGUGGCCUUAGAUGGGGUUAGAGUCCAGAGACGCUCCUACAAGGGCUCAGUGAACUGGUGCCGCCUUCCCUUGCCUGGCCAGCUGGUGAUCAGAAAGUUCUGGGGCAGAGCAGACGGGCAGUUUCCAAGCUCUGCUGUGUUCGUGUCGCCUGCUGCGAUUCUCCUGGCAGCCCAGUGCCCAGUGCUCCAUGGAGCCAGCCGGUGCCACCGGUGUCGCCGAGCCUCCGCGCUGGAGGAGGGCGUGGGCCGCAACCCGCAGACUCACUCCCAAGGGCGGGGAGCCUCUGGGCCUCGGAGGCAGGCAGGGCAGUUGUAGCUGGAGGCUGGGAGCCGGCCUCCCGCAGCCAGGCGCUGAGGACUGGUGUAGUGGGUUCUCACCCUGGGGCUUUGAGUUCCUGCUGUGUUUGUGCUUCAUUCUUUUGUGCCCCUCAUCGCUGCUAUGAAAACCUUCAGUUCUCCAGCAGGUAAAGUGACCUCGGCUCGUGCUGCCUCCCCCCAGGCCCCUGCCUGGGCCCUGCCGUGGGUGGGGUGGGCUCCCUUCAACCAGGCCAGCUGCGCACAUUGCCAGUUGUCUCACCCUUUCUCCCCACCCUCUUCCUCUCAGAUUCCUCCACACCCCCCUCAUGCUGGCUCACUGGUUCUGAGUUUUCUCCCCCGUGUGCUCCCUUCUCUCUUCUGCCAGAGAGAUAUUUGGGGGGAAUCUCUCAACUCAGAAGAAGGACCUGGGCUUCUUGCUCUACCUAUGAUGAGUUUAUUCCCUGUUAACGCUGGGUCCCCCUGAAUUCUACCUCCCAGGGUCAGAAGAAGGUGUGGCCAAUUCUCCUCCUACCUUUUCUGGCCCCCAAGGGGACGCCACGCCCCUCUGCUCCCUUCUCCAGGGGCAUGAGGAUGGCUGUGCCCCGGGGUGGGGGGGACGGCUUACUCCUUCCUCUGGCCGAGCAGAACCCCUGCAUGGCUGGGGCAGGGGUGACUCUUAGUCUCGCAUUCUGGGCUGUGGACAUGUGUGUAUUUUGCCUGAUGCUCCCUGUCACCUCCCUCCCCGGGUGCUGUACUUGCCUGUCUUCUGCUCGGUGUGUCUGCUCCAGAGCCCUCUGACGCUCUCCCUCACACAGGCAGGCCUGGGCCUCUCCUGCCACUCAGGGAAGGACACUUGCAGGUCUGGUGGGUUUAGCAUCAUGCCGCUUCUUCAUCCAGCCCAAGGCCCCUCUGUGUAGAGGCUGGGAGUACAGGGAACCAUGCUUAACUCAACAGCCUCGGGCUGGCAACAGGGAUGAGUUCUCGGGCAUCUCAGCACGGUGAGGCUCAGACUAGAGACAACUGUCCUCACCCAGCCACUGUGUGGGAACACCCACUGCAGCUCCGCAGGGCCCUGGACAGUAGCCGUGACCAGGCUGGUGAGAGGCCAGCCCGCUCCCAUGCCGAGGCCCUCCAAGAAGUAGGUGGAGUCACAGCCCGGCACGGGGAGCCACGACAGGCCUCAGAGGUUUGGCCAAGGAGUCUGGGCAGCAGCCUCUCAUCCGGCAGCAGCUGGACAGAGGCUGUCAUGGCCUAAGCUGCCGCAGCCACCAGGACAGACCACAGUGGGGAAGGGGACCCUGGUGCCGGGCGCUGCCGCCUGCGGGAGCCUGGCACUGCCGCUCUUAGUUUUGAACUUUCUGUUUUGUCUCUUGCCCGUCCGG